AUGGCAUUUCGCAGACCAGACGCUAUGCUCACAAAAGUAUUAUCUCCUCAAUACGAGAAUGUUGGACGUGUAGCCUAUCACGAUUACAUGGCGCAAGAAUUGCCCCAUCCAGAAUUCUACGAACCGAUCCCUAGGCCUCAACAAUUCGGGUACGAUCGUAUCCGAUCUAACAAACGAUCGGCGGACUACGAUCUCGAUUACCCACAGGCCAAAAUGGUUCGUAGAGAGUACAAUCAACCCAGAUAUUAUGCAGAAGAAUAUGUUCCCGCCGGAACUACCCAAUUUCAGCAAAAUCACUUUAGACCUAUAGAUUUACCGGAAGAUGACCGUAGAUCUGCAUUUUUGCAGUCUAGAUACCCUAGAUCCUACAUGGAUAGGCGUCCGGUAAGCCGAAUGGGUCAUAUUGAAGAUAUGUAUAUCGAUCAGUACGAAGAUCGUUUACCUCAGAUGCGACCUCAGAUGCAACCACAGAUGCGAAUGCGACAACGACCGAUGGAUCACCAUUAUCAGAUGGAUUCAGCUCAGAUCGAUCGACCCAUCGAGUCUCAACCGAUGCAAGACUCCCGGUUAAUUAUGCAAACCCAACCUGGUCAGAUGGAAUCGCCACAGAUUCAGCAAAGUAAUCAGGUCGUUCAGCAGAGUAAUCGGGACAUUCAGCAGAGCCCUCCCGAUAUGCAGCAGAACACUCAACCCGAUCAUCAAAAUUCUCAACCCGCACAACAGAACCCUCAGAUUGUGCAGCAACGACCCCCGACCCGUCCUCAGACCGCUCAGCGCCGACCUCAGAUGGUUCAGCAGCAACAGCAACUACCACAACAGCAGCCUCAGAUUGUUCAGCAGCAACUACCACAACAACAGCCUCAGAUGGUUCAGCAACAACUUCCACAACAGCAACAACAACAGCAUCCUCAGAUGGUUCAGCAACAACUUCCACAACAGCAACAACAACAGCAUCCUCAGAUGGUUCAGCAACAACUUCCACAACAGCAACAACUUCCACAACAGCAACAACAACAGCAGCACCAGAUGCAUCAGCAACAACUCCCACAACAGCUACAACAACAGCAGCAUCAGAUGAUUCAACAAAAUGCUGGUCUACCCAUCGAUGAUAUGGAUAUGGACACCGUAGAUGUUGGAUCGAAUCGUCGGAUGGUUAGGUCUCAACCAUCGACAUCUUAUGGACUUGGAUUUAGACAGUUCCAGAACACGAAUGUAGAUGCAUCCAUUGGGGAGUAUGAUGGUGCAAUACAGCUUGCCGCAGAAAACUUUCAGGCUACCUACGACAAGAUGUUUCCAAAAGCUAAGAUUCCCAUGAGAUUCAAUAUCGACGAACGCGUUUGA